AUGGACCUUUAUACUCAUCCACCACCAUCACCUCCACCAGAUUCCGCCACCGUCACCAACAACGGCGAAGCCACAUUGGAUGAAAACCUAGAAUCACCACCACCGUCACCACCACCACCACCAUCGUCUUCAUUAUCACCACCACCACCACCACCAUCUUCUUCAUUAUCACCACAACCACCACCGCCAGAACUUCAACUCCCAAUAUGUUGGCCAGAAAAUGGAAUUCUAACAAUAGAAUGGAUCCAAAACCUAAUACUCUGCUUCGAUUGGUCCUCCAAAAAUCUCCCUCCCUCCGAAUUCCCUUCUGUUCUCCCCGUUCAAGUCUUCGAUUCCCUCAUCCUCAUCGCUUCCAAAAUGCUUCACAAGGAACCUAAUUGCAUCCCUAUACAACCCUUCCGUCCCGAACCUGAUUCUUCUGCAUCCGUUGUCGUUGUUGGAGACGUUCACGGUCAAUUGCAUGAUGUUCUUUUCCUUUUCCGAGAGGCUGGGUUCCCUUCUCGGGAUCGAAUCUUUGUAUUCAAUGGUGAUUAUGUUGAUCGUGGAGCUUGGGGACUCGAAACUUUCUUGCUCUUGUUGGCUUGGAAGGUAUUCAUGCCGGAGAACAUAUAUUUAUUAAGAGGGAAUCACGAAUCAAAAUAUUGCACGUCUGUUUAUGGUUUUGAGAAAGAAGUUAUGGUAAAGUAUAGUGACAGUGGUAAACAUGUAUACAGAAAAUGUUUAGGAUGCUUUGAAGGUCUUCCUUUGGCUUCUAUUAUAGCAGGGUGUGUAUACACGGCUCAUGGAGGACUUUUCCGUAGUGGAACUGUGACGCCUGCUAAGCGAUUAAAAGGAAAGAAGAAUCGUAGGAUUAAUGUUAAUACUGACAGCAAAAGGCUAUCACUUGGUUCUUUGGAAGAGUUGUCUAGGGCUCGACGUUCUGUCCUUGAUCCUCCUUGGGAAGGACAGAACUUGAUUCCUGGUGAUGUUUUGUGGUCUGACCCUUCUCAAACCAACGGCCUUUCUCCAAACAAAGAAAGAGGCAUUGGAUUGAUGUGGGGCCCCGAUUGUACUGAACAAUUUUUGAAGAAGUACCAAUUGAAGUUAAUUAUCCGGUCACAUGAAGGCCCUGAUGCUAGGGAGAAGAGGCAUGGUUUUGAGGGAAUGGCUGAAGGAUACACUAUUGAUCAUGUUGUAGAUUCUGGAAAGCUGGUCACCGUUUUUAGUGCUCCAGAUUACCCGCAGUUUCAGGCAACGGAGGAGAGGUAUAACAACAAAGGUGCUUAUAUUGUCCUUGAGCCCCCAAAUUUCGACACUCCGAUAUUUCAUGGAUUUUCGGCUGUAACUCCAAGACCAAAGGCGAGUCCCUAUUAUGAUUAUGAAGAAGUGAUAGACUCAGACGGUGAAUUGGAUUUGGCCUCCAUGGUAACUUCAUGA